UAAAGAAUUAACAAUUGCAUAUUCCUCUCUAUAUUAAUGUUAUUUUAAGCUAGAAAAAAUAACGUGGCCAAGCUUUUUGUCAUAUGUGAUAUAUAGUACUGGUACAGGUAUAUAGAAGUGCGAAACAUGGCGCUUAACCUGACUGUGAAAGUUCAUCCUGUUGUUUUAUUUCAAAUUGUUGAUGCUUAUGAACGUCGAAAAGCGGAAUCCCACCGUGUUAUUGGUACACUGUUAGGUACCGCGGAGAAAGGUAUGGUUGAAGUUACAAACUGUUUUUGUGUACCACACAAAGAAUCUGAAAGUCAAGUUGAAGCUGAUUUAACAUAUGGAAUCGAUCUGUACGAAUUGAAUCAUAGGGUUAAUGCUCAGGAAAAUAUUGUCGGAUGGUGGGCAACUGGAAACGAGGUUACUACCCAUUCUUCUGUUAUCCAUGAAUACUAUGUUCGUGAAUGCAAUAAUCCCGUUCAUUUAACUGUCGAUACAACAUUAGCAAACACUACUAGAAUGGGAAUCAAAGCUUAUGUCUGUGUUCCAUUAGGAGUACCUAAUGGGAAACAAGGUUCUAUGUUCACACCAGUUAAAGUACAAAUUACGUGUUAUGAGCCAGAAAUUGUUGGGCUACAGCUCUGUUCUAAAACUCAAUUACCAGCACAUGCACAAAUAACUGGUGUAAAAACAGGAGGAGGCAUAGAACCAAUGAUGGAUCUCUCUCAAAUAGCAGAAGCUAGUGCUAAACUUUCAUCCAUGUUGGAACAAGUACUUGCAUAUGUUGAUGAUGUGUUAACUGGAAAGCAACCACCAGACAAUCAAGUUGGUCGUGCUCUUCUUGACAUGGUACAUUCAGUGCCUAAAAUGUCGAGCGAUCAAUUUGACGAGAUGUUUAACAGCAAUGUGAAGGAUUUAUUGAUGGUCGUUGCGCUCUCACAAUUGAUAAAAACGCAGCUUCAGCUUAACGAGAAACUUACAUUGCUCACAACUCUAUAAAUUCUGCAACAUAAUUCCAAAAAUUCUGUAACGCAAUUUGUAUGAAUAAAAUACAUUUUAAAUUUUCAAA